ACUGUUCUUGUAUUUAUGUCACAGUGUUGGUUUCAGUGUUUUCCCCUCGACGUAUCAAGUUGGAUUCGCGAUAUUUUUAGUUGUACAGAUGAUGUUGUGAGCUGAGAUAUUACUCGAAGCUUUUUUCAGGGACUGAACGAAAGCUUGACAUCCUUGGCAUGUGGCUGUGACAGAAAAGAAAGAAAACCAACAUUCCUGCUCCAUUCCAUCUUUUUAAAUUAAUGAACCAGUAAUGGAAGUACCAGGAAAGAAUAGCAAUUUCCACAUUGAAGAUCACCAUUCCACUCCAUCCAUAAAUCAAAGUGAAGAAGAUUAUUUGAGAACAACAUGGGGGAAACUUGGUGUUGGCAAAGAUGGGUACCUAGACCAGUCACAGCUAGCACUCGUUUGUGAGUGCAUUGGAAUGGAGAAAUUAUCAGAUGAGGUGAUAGCUCAACUUUUUGACAAACUUGACUUAGACCACGAUGGUCGAAUCAGCUUCGGUGAAUUUUUACACUUAUUCCAAAACGUCAGGCCCGGAAAAGGAGAUAUUUCCUUGGAAGCCGAGAACUACGAGCCAAACAACUGGGGGAUCGCAUCUACAAAUCGAAAUAACGGGUCGUCAGUUCGCUCAGAAAUGCUCAUGAUGCCAUCGCAGUCUACAAUGGCUCUCUUCAGCAAUAUCGAUCCAGCUGGAACAGGAUUUGCAACUUACGAUGCCACGGUCGAGUGCCUCCGAUCAAUGGGCGUUGUUCACGCUUCAUCCCUCCUGGAGGCGCUUAGUUUCCGCCACCAUCCGUCCAAAAGAAUUAGCCUUCGUGAACUGGUCUGCGCUCUCCAAGAAGAAAUGAACGCCGGAUUGGAGAAUGGUCUGCUGGCCAAUAGUGGACCGAGUGGCGCUGCCUUACACGCCGGAGUCUUAUUAAUUCAACACGAACUCUCGUCUGUCCGGCUGACAGUAGAACACGCCAGUCGCGAGAGCGAGAAACUCCGCAGCGACUUGCAAGAGGCCAAUCAGAGGUCGUCGCUUUUGGCCCAGGAAGUUGACGAGAACCACGCCAAACAGGAGUCCAUACGGCGAACACAAUUCAAGCAGUUGGAGCAGCGGCACGCGGAUCAGCUGCGUUUGGUCCAAGAGGUCGCACAGGCCGAUCGCGAUCAGCUGGUGAGUCAGCUCCAGCAAGACCUGGACAAACGGCAGCAGCAGCUGCUUCAGACCAAAGAGGAAGAAUCGCGACUAAAAGAAUCUUUGCAAGCCAUGAGCGAGGAUAACGCCAGGUUGUCGGCCGAAAACGCCAAUUUGACAGAAAAGCUGGCCAGUUCCGAAAGGGCAAACGGCCGACUCAUCCAGGAGCUCGACGGCGUUUCACUGAUGGCCGAAUUAGAGUCACGCUGCGAAGCUUUGGAAGAAAGCCAGCGCCAUUCCCUCACCGAGCAGUUAAACCGAAUGUCAGCCGAAAAUCUCCAACUACGUGACCGAACCGAUGAGCUCUCUGCCGAAAUCGAAUUACUUCGCGGACAAUUGGCCGCCGCCAGGUCCGAAUGCGUUGGGCUGGGCCCAGCUUGGCGCUCGGAGCCGACAAUGUCGGGUGCCGUUAAACGUCGCAACGGCGAAGAGGAAGUCAUCGAAGAUCACGUAGGCAAAGUUCGCAAGCGGGAGGCAAUGGCCAUGGGACUCUACAGCUCUGAAGUCUCGCCCCGUCCUCUGUCUGAUAAUCAAAAUGGAUGGAAGGAAGAAGGGCGCAGUGUCAAUGCCGACCAGAGUUUAGCGGCCCAGUUGCAAGAAGUCAAACAAGAGCAGUGCGAGUCCGGCCCUGUCGUCAACUCGGCUGGAGGAUCCACCAUUAAAGAGCAGCUCAAACGUGUCUUUGAAAAACUGCGUCUUCAAAUUGUCGAAGAGUUCCUAGAGGGCAACGAUAGCGUCGCCACACUGCAGAACCAGUAUCGCAGCGUCUUGGUCCAACAAGAGGAGAGACACGCCGAGGAGAAACGGAGCCUGUUCGAGUCUCACCUGCUCAAGCUGUCGGCCCUCGAAGCUCAAUUGGCCGAAACGCAAAUUCGGAACGAGGAUCUAGUUCAACUUCAAACAGUCAUGGAAGCUGAACACGAAAUGGAAUUGAAGGAGCUGCGCCAACAACUGAAACGCGUCCACUCCAAGGACUCGAAACAGGAAGAAUACCCAGAACUAACCUCUCUGUUCCAACUAUUGCGGGAGAACUUGACCGAGGCCCUGGCCGACUUGGAUGCCGCCCUAGAGAAGGAACUGAGCCGGGAUUGCGAGCACGAUUCUGCAGCCUUGCAGGCGGAGGAGAGCACCACCAAAGUCGAAGAGUUGGAGAAACAGUGCAAAACGUUGGAGAGUGAACUCGACUCUGUCAAAGUGGAAAUUGUCAAGAUAUUGAUCGACAACGAAGAACUGCGCCUUAAAGUCAGACACCAGCAAGAGGAUCUUGAAAUGGAGCAAAAAGAAGCGGAAGAGCGGAUGGAGGAGAAGGUCGAGUUCGAGACGGCUUUGCUUCAGCAGCGGAUCAAGCAUCUCGUUCGAGACCUUGAGGAUGAAAAACAGCGAAAUCAGAUGGAGAAAAACGCAUUGGAGGAAGACCGUCGCGAUCUGGAAUCUCGAUUGGACAUGCUCCGUACGGAAUUCGACAGACUGGACGAAUAUUGGCAGUCCAAGCUAGACGAAGAAAGAGAAAUCUACGAUCAAGAACGGGAUUCGACGGAUGAAAAGUUUCGGUCCCUCGAGCUCAAAAUCAAGGAAUACGAGGAAUUACUGGGACAGGGCGAUAACUCGAGUACGAGUAGUCUUUCAACCAUCGAAGAGAGAACCAACUGGGAGAAGCAGUUGAAUGAUUUGGAAGAAGAAUCUGAAGCUCAGAUCAAACAAAUCGCUUUGCUGGAAUCGCAGUUGGAGCAACUGCAGAAGGAGAAGGAGGAGGAAGCUGCCAGAUCGCAACAAGAGUUGGAUGUGAUAACGGCCGAACUCGAGGCGACAAAAUUGAUGUUGGCCGACGUGUUGGAACGAGAGGCGAAAUUAAUAACCAAAUUAGAGAAUGUGCGCGAGAAUGUUCCCGCCGUCUCCAAGUCACCUCCGAGUCCACACCUAAACCGGCCGCUGUCGCCAACUCCCAAGCCGGGCAUUUUACCUUCGGGCUACUCUCCUUUGAAAAGCAAAGGCUGGGCCAAAAACCAACGGUCACCUGCAUCUCUGUCACCUUGCAAGUCUUACGAAUCCACUAUAGAUGGCGUCGAUGGUAGACAGCUAAGGAGAUCUCCGUCACUUAACAGUGGAUCAUCCGAGCCUCAUCGAGCUUGUCGUGUCGACAUUAGCGUUUUUCAAUCUCUCAACAGCCGUUUGAAACAGCAGGAGCAACGUUGUAGGGAGCUAUGCUACGCUCUACAAUGCCAAAAACACCGGACAGAACAGAUCAUGUUCGAAACCAAAGUUCAACACCAAGCCGAGAUAAAUAGCCUGGAGACGAUGAUGAAGACGUCCCAAGACACAUUACGUCAUAUGUCGCUUCAGCAUAAACAAACGAUGGACAAGUUAACUUCGUCAGACUCACUCAUCAUGGAGCUUUACACGGAGAACGCUCGCCUCUUGGAAACGUUACAUCUCCAAAACCUGUCUCACAGCACGGCAUCUGGUCUGUCCAUGUGAUUUUUGCAACAUCUUCUUCGAAUUCCGAUUCCAAUCAUCACUUAUACAUAACAUUCAUCGUGUGUGUGUGUGUGUAUUUGCGGGAACCCCCAAUCAUUGUGAUCAAAAUUCUCAGACAGCUUUACGGAAAAUUUUGAAAAUUACGGACUUAUUUGCGCAUUGGGAGAGUCGAUUCUGUUUGUUUUAAGCUAUUUAACUAAUAAUUCCUUAUAAUCCCUCAUCCUCACACAAUAAUGUAACAGACAAACCCCGGCAACUGCUCACUAUUGUAAUUAUAGUCCUAUUUUACCGCUCGUCAGAUUCUUUCAAUCAAAGGCAACUCCUUAAUUUUAAAUCGAAAGUGCACAAUUAAUUCAUUACGAAUAAUUUUUUUUUUUUUCAAAUAUAAAUAUACCAAACGUUAGUUACCGAGAUUUCAAUAAUACAUGAUGAUUGUGUGUCACACUGAAAACAUA